GUUUUUCGUCGGUCACACUGGUUCAACUCCACGUUGUUUUGGAUCGUUGCUUACUCGUUCUUUAGAACUCGAAAUUUGUUAAAAUAAAGAGAAAUGGGUCGGAAAUUUCAAAAGAAAAAGCAGGUCGAUCAGCUGGAGAUUGUGCCGGUUGAUGAAAAUCCACCGCUACCUCCACAGCGGAAGUCAGAUGAUGUUGUUCCCAAAAGAGAGAAAUGGGUGAACAAACAGCGUGUUUUGGUCUUCGCAGCGCGUGGCAUUAGCCACAGAGACAGACAUUUAAUGCGCGACAUCAAAACCUUGAUGCCGCAUCAUCGAGCCGAAUCGAAAAUGGAGCGCGCCAAGACUCUGUCGGUGGUGAAUGAGAUGUGUGAAAUGAAGCACUGCAACAAGGCCAUGCUAUUUGAAGGGCGCCGCAAGCGGGACCUGUACAUGUGGGUGUCCAACACGGUCGGCUCCGAAGGGCCAUCAGCGAAAUUCCUUAUCGAGAACAUUCACACAAUGGCCGAGCUGAAGAUGACUGGAAAUUGUUUGAGGGGCUCGCGCCCACUGCUAUCGUUCGACUCGAAAUUCGAUGAGCUGCCGCACUUAAAGCUCCUCAAGGAGCUCUUUGUGCAGACCUACUCAGUGCCCCACCACCAUCCCAAGAGCCAGCCGUUUGUGGAUCACGUCUUUACCUUUACCUUCCUGGACAAUCGCAUCUGGUUCAGGAACUUCCAGAUUCUUUCCGAAGACGGCGGCCUGUCAGAGGUGGGACCACGGUACGUGAUGAAUCCCGUCAAGAUAUUCGACGGUUCCUUCACAGGCAAAACCCUAUGGGAGAAUCCCGACUAUGUCAGCCCAUCCAAGCAGCGACAGAUCCUGAAGAAAUCGGCCAAGGAUAAGUACGUAAACCGUGUGGAGCAGAAGGUGCAACACGAGGCGACGCGUCCCGUCAAGGCAUACGACGGCAUCGACAACGAUGAACUCUUCGAUGAUGAAGAUCCCAUAGCGACUGCUAAGAUCUUGGCUGCGAUAGCCAAAAAGAAGCAGCAGGAAAAUGAGCAAAAAACGCCAAAGUCAGCGCUGACCAAGAAGAUUAAGGAGAAACAGUUGAAGGCCGUCAAAAAGGUAAUCGACCAGAAGAAGGCAAAGGUAACAAAACGCGUAAAAAAAGUAUGAAUUCCUUGCUUUAGAAAAUACAAUUAAAUACAAAAGGAUUAUAUUUUAUAAACACAUUCA